CAUUUCGCCCAUAAAUAUCAAACACACUGCUUCUUAUCUCCACUCUCAAAUCUCACCCAAAAACCCCUAAAAGCCUUAUCUCUUCACUCCCUAUCCCAAUGGCUGCUUCAGCUUCGUCUCUCGCUCUCUCUACCUUUAACCCCAAAUCCCUUCCUUUCUGCGUCUCCAGACCCGCCUCCGCUUCCCUAUUACCUCCUUCCGUCUCUUUCAAACUCAAUUCCGAAUCCGUUUCCGUCUCCAUCUUCGCUUCCUCCGCCGCCAAAUGGAGCUCCGCCGCGUCUCGCUUCGUCCGUAACGUAGCGGUCACUGAGGACUUCGAGGUUGAAGAAGACGGCAUUUUCGCCGACGAUGCGGCGCCAAGGGAGCAAUCCUUCUCCGCUGACCUCAAACUCUUCGUCGGUAACCUUCCCUUUGACGUUGACAGUGCAAGGCUCGCUCAGCUUUUCGAGAGCGCCGGAACUGUUGAGAUUGUUGAGGUGAUUUAUGACAAAAUCACAGGACGAAGCAGGGGUUUCGGAUUCGUGACUAUGUCUUCAGCCUCUGAGGUUGAGGCAGCUGCUCAGCAGUUCAAUGGCUAUGAGUUGGAUGGUAGACCCUUGAGAGUUAAUGCCGGUCCUCCUCCACCCAAGAGAGAAGAUGGCUUCUCUAGAGGACCCAGAAGCAGCUUUGGAAGCUCUGGUUCUGGAUAUGGUGGAGGUUCCGGAGCUGGUUCAGGAAACCGUGUUUAUGUCGGUAACCUCUCUUGGGGAGUCGACGACAUGGCUCUUGAGAAUUUGUUCGGGGAGCAAGGAAAAGUUGUUGAGGCCAGAGUCAUCUACGACAGGGACAGUGGUCGAUCAAAGGGUUUCGGAUUUGUGACAUACAACUCUGCUCAAGAGGUCCAAAAUGCUAUCAGAACCUUGAACGGUGCUGAUUUGGACGGCAGGCAAAUUAGAGUCUCGGAAGCUGAGGCUAGGCCUCCAAGGCGCCAAUUCUGAAAUGUAACAGGCGCUUCGAAGCAAAUAGGGGUUUUGUGAGAGGAUGGCAGUUUCGGGCGGUACUAAGCUCUUCGCCUAUGUUUGUUGCAUUGGAUGCACCAAUGGUCUUUUUUGAGAAACUUAUAAUUAAGAUUGAGAUUAAAAGUGGAGACCGUUUUCUUGUCUGUCUGAAUGCUGCCAUUGACUACUUCGCUUUGGUUUGAUUCAGUUUUCACUCUAUUUCGUGGUCUCUUCAUAUUGCUUCUCUAUUUAACAGUCUUGUCUCGUUUUCGAUCCCCCUGCCCAUAAUAUGAAUACGAUGAGCACAUUUG